GCCUUCUUUGUCUUUUUUUUAAAAAAAUGUGCACAUCUUCAGCUGUCGAAAAUCCUGACCGUCAAGUCUUACCUACAAAUGUCAAGCCUACUCAUUAUGACUUGACUCUUCAACCCAACUUGAAGACCUUUGUUUUCCACGGUCACGUUAAAGUCAACUUGAACAUUAACACCGAUACUAAAACUAUUGUCCUUAAUACGCGUGAUAUUAAGAUUAGCUCUGCAAUUUUAUCUUCUGAAGGUCUCAAGACCGAAUCAAAGCAAAAUGCUACUGAUAUUACCUAUGAUGAAAAGAAGGAUUUGGCUACGUUCAACUUUGCCGAAACCGUUCUUGCCAAUACAAAGGCUGUCUUGGAUAUCACCUUUGAAGGUAUCUUAAACGAUCAAAUGGCUGGUUUCUAUAGAUCCUCUUAUAAGGAUGCUGAAGGUAACACCCAAUAUUUGGCUACAACCCAAUUUGAAUCUACGGAUGCUCGUAGAGCUUUCCCCUGUUGGGAUGAACCUAGUCUUAAGGCUACUUUUGAUGUUACAUUGGUUGUUCCUACCGAGCUUGUUGCUUUAUCCAACAUGGAUGUUACUUCUGAAAAGCCUUACAAUGACACUGGUAAGCUUACCGGCAAAACCGAGGGAAAGACUGAAGGAAAGACCGAAGGAAAGACUGAGGGAAAGACCGAGGGAAAGACUGAGGGCAAAACCGAAGGUAAGACUGAAGUAUCUGGUGCCAAGAACUUGAAGGAAGUCAAGUACGCCACUUCUCCUUUGAUGAGUACCUACCUUUUGGCUUUUGUUGUUGGUCCCUUUGAAUACAUCGAAUCAUUUACCAGUGGUGAACACAAUGGUCGCCCUAUCCGUUCUCGUGUUUAUGCUUUACCUGGAUCUGUUGAACAGGGACGUCAUGCAUUAAAUGUUUGUACUGCUGCACUUGAAUACUUUGCUCAAGUUUUCGGUGAGCCUUAUCCUCUUCCCAAGAUUGACAUGGUUGCUAUUCCUGAUUUUGAGGCUGGUGCUAUGGAAAAUUGGGGUUUGAUCACUUACAGAACUGUCGCUUUAUUGUUUGAUGAAAAGUCUUCCUCUAUUGUUUUCAAGAAGAGUACUGCAUACACCGUGUGCCAUGAGUUGGCUCAUCAAUGGUUUGGUAAUUUGGUAACGAUGGAAUGGUGGGAUCAUUUGUGGUUGAAUGAAGGUUUUGCUACCUGGGUCGGUUGGUUAGCUGUUGAUAACAUCUUCCCCGAUUGGGAUGUCUGGACCUCUUUUGUUAACGAAGAUAUGCCAAGAGCUUUAAACCUUGAUGCUCUUCGUUCUUCUCAUCCUAUUGAAGUUACUGUCAACGACCCUGCUGAAAUCCAUCAAAUUUUCGAUGCUAUUUCUUACUAUAAGGGUGCUAGUGUCAUCCGUAUGUUGAGUUCUUGGUUAGGUGUUGAAACUUUCUUAAAGGGUGUUAGACUCUACGUCCAGCGUCAUAAGUGGGGAAAUGCUUCUACCAAUGAUCUUUGGAUUGCUCUUAGUGAAGAGGCUAAUGUUGAUGUUUCCAAAUUCAUGACAUUGUGGACUAAGCGUGUCGGUUAUCCAGUCUUAUCUGUUGAGCAAGAAGGCCAAGAAGCUAUUAAGGUUACUCAAUCUCGUUAUCUUUCUACUGGUGACUUGAGCGAAGAAGAAGAUAGCACUGUUUGGUGGGCCCCUCUUGGUAUUCUUACAUCUGCUGGUGUUGAAAACCAUACUUUGACUGAGAAGUCUCAAAGCUUCCCUGUCCCUUCUGACGGUUUGUUCAAGUUAAAUGCUGGUCAAACAUCUGUUUAUCGUGUCAACUAUCCUAUUGAAAGUAUCCGUGUUCUUGGUGAAGAAGUCAAGAAGGGAAGCAAGGGACUUUUGACAAACACUUCUGAUCGUGUUGGUUUAGUUGCUGAUGCUGGUAAUUUGUGUGUCAGUGGUGAGCAAACCACUACUGCUUUAUUAGAGCUUGCCCAAGCUUUUGUCAAUGAAGAGAACUAUUUUGUCUGGUCUCAAUUAAGUACACACAUCAGCAAGAUUCUCAGUGUCUGGUAUGAACAACCCGAAGAAACCCGUGAUGGAUUGAAGUCUCUUCGUCGUAGUUUGUUUGCCCCUAUCGCUCACAAGCUUGGCUGGGAAUUUGCUGAAACCGAUGAUUAUCUUACCAACAUCUUACGUGUUCUUGCCCUUACCAAUGCCGGUAGAUCCAAUGAUCGCGAGACUGUUGAACAAGCUAAGAAGCGUUUCUGGCAAUUUGUAGAGGGUAACACUGAAGCUCUUCAUCCUAACCUUCGUGGUCCUGUUUAUAGCAUUGUUUUGGGUGCUGCUGAAAACGAGGAGGAAGAAGAAAAGUUAUGGGAAGAGAUUCUCAAGAUUUACCGUGAUGAGACUUUGCCCACUGAUCAACGUUUGAUUGCUCUCAGCUCUUUAGGUGGACCCAAGAGCAAGGCCUUGAUCCAAAGAUAUCUUGACAUGAGUCUUGAUGAAAAGGAAGUCAGAGGUCAAGAUUCCUUGUAUGUUUUCAGCUCUUUAUCAGCCAACCCUGAUGCUCGUGAAAUCCUUUGGAAUUUCUUUACUUCUAACUUUGACCUCUUGCACUCCAAGUUCUCCAAGUCUUUAAGUUUGUUCGCUUCCACUGUUCGUUCUGCUGUUGGUGGUUUUGUCACCUUUGAUCGUAUUUCUGAAAUUGAAGCUUUCUUUGCCGAUAAGGACACUAAGGAGUAUGAGCGUUCUCUUCAACAAGCUUUGGAAGGUGCUCGUGUCAAUGCCAAAUGGGUCGAAAGAGAUCACCAACUCGUUGCCAAUUGGAUCACCGAAAACGCAAAGAGCUUUGCUUAAAAAAAAAAAAAAAAAAAUAAUAUAAACCCUGUAAAUAAAAUUGUAUCAAUUUUUUUUUGUUUUU